CGCCGCGGGCGGGUGGAGGCGCAGGCGCAGUGCGGGCAGCGGCCAGCGCGUGGGGCGCGGUGCUGGGGCGUCGGUUGAGGCGCGAGGGGCUCCAGCGGGAAGAUGGAUGACUUCCAGACGGGGGAGGAGACUUCUUUUGUUGUAGAUGAAGUCAGUGGCAUCAUUAAAGAGGCCAUAGAAAGUGCGAUAGGUGGCAAUGCCUACCAGCACAGCAAAGUGAACCAGUGGACAACAAGUGUGGUGGAACAAACCCUGAGCCAACUCACUAAGCUGGGGAAGCCUUUCAAGUAUAUCGUGACCUGUGUGAUUAUGCAAAAGAAUGGUGCUGGGCUACAUGCAGCAAGCUCUUGCUUCUGGGACAACUCCAGUGAUGGAGCCUGCACUGUGAGAUGGGAGAAUAAGACUAUGUACUGUAUUGUCAGUGCCUUUGGACUUGCAAUAUAAUUGCCUUGAAAUCAUU